AUGCGGUUCUGGUUCGGAUGGGCACUGUGGGAGAAGCUGAGCUUCGUACUUGCGGGUCUUCUGGCCAUCGUUCUGAUCUAUUCAUUUUGUGUUCUCGCGUACAACCGAAGGGUGACAAACAAGUACGCUGCUGCCGAGGAACGUGAGAGGACCGAGCAGGCCACCGAAAUGCAGAGGAUCUUGGCCGAGACAACCGAGAUUCCGUUCGGUGCCAGGGCGCUAGAAAAGGGCAUCCAAGUCGAAGGCAUUUGGACUCCCAAGGAGUAUUCACCGAGGCAGUCCAUCAUUAUGCCGGGAGAUACGCCAGAACUCCCCAGUCCCGCACAGAGUCAGCCAUCGCUUGUCCCACCAAGUGGCGUCCAGCGGCCAAGCCGAUCAUAUCAAUUGGCGCCAAAACAUAAUCUGCUCAACCCACGUCUUUCCAUGAAGAUCCCAGACAUCGAGCUCGGGGCCGAGGCAAUGCGUGUGUUCUCCACACACAGCGCACCGCAGCCAACAAUCCGUGCCAACAGUGAAGCCGAGACGCCCGUUGACCCAGGAAAAAAGAGACGGUCGAGGGGUUGGUUCAAUCCUCGGAAUUCCUGGGUAAGAAAGCCGUUCGAGAGCUAUAAGCGCAUGUCAAAACUUGAAGGUAUGUCACGUCGAGACAGUAAGCUAUGUUCGGAUGAGGACAGCGCUCACUGUUGCUCAGGGCAUCAUCGAACCUCAUCCGAAAGCUUUCGACGUAGGAUCAGCAAGCUGAUCGACGAGAGCAUUCAGACAGGCUCGACUGAGACAUACCAGUUGAGACCCAUCAACCAGGGACCCAUCAACCAGGGGACCAUAGAUAGCCCUAGGAAUUAG